AAUCAAAGGACAGAAUAUACGUCAAUGUAUGACCUACAAACGUACAUUGUGCUCAGAAGUGAUUUUAUUCUCUUUGCUACAUAAUAUAUUUAUAGACAACACAGAUAGCAAUUAUCAUAAUAUUUACAACAAGAAAAAACAAAAAAAUAUAUUAUGUUGAAGAUUUUAUUUUUCGUAAUUAAGUAUAAUACUUUUUGAGAUUUCUUAUGAUGAGUAAGACAGUUAAGUCGACGAAUAAUGCUGAUUUAACUAAACUAUGUAAAAGUUCAUUUACGCUGACCUUCGCUGUGGAAGUUGUAGGUUUAGAUGUAUGGCACGAUUGCAAUGAAGGAUGGUUGGAUCUGGGACCGUGUACACAGGGAAUUAAAAUACAAUACCAAUUAUAUCCUGGACUUGCAUUUGACGUUGAUAUACUCAUAUGGCCUCAUGCAGCCAAGAUUUGGUCCGGAGCUCAGUACGGAUGGGUCCGGACCUGGCAGUUUUUGGAACGGAGAUGGUUGACCUUUACAAUUCGUCACCUUCUUCCCGUGAGAGUAGCAGAUCUACGAUUUCAUAUUGUUACAGUGGUACCAACUGCCGGCAUGGGCUCUCUUGGUGCUAAUGCAAAAAACGACAGAAACGUAGAAGUAUAUUUGCCACCGCUUAAAUUUGGAGAGCGACGAUACUUUGGGUCGGUGAUGGAUUCUGAAGAAGCGAUGUUAGAUUUUAUUCAAGGUUUAAUAUGGAGCGCUGUAGUUGACUUUAUUCCACUCUCUUAUUCAGACGGCACUUUUGAUGUCCCUCAACCCGUGACUGAUAUAAGACACCAGGACGCUAUUUUGUAUCAUGUACGUGAGACAAUUCUAAGUAGGAAUGUAUCUGAAGAUAUUGAGGAGACCUUUGAGCCCGAAGAAAAAUCAAAAGACACAAGUCAAAAGUCCAAAGAAAGGAAGAAGCCCGUGGAAAUACCGAAAGUGAAAUAUGAAAUCAAACUUUCGGGAAAUGCUAUUUUAGCUGGGGCUGGAAGAGUGAUUCCUUUUGAGGUGGUCGGCGACAAACCACCUGAAGUUGGUGAAACUAUAGUUUUGAUUAGCACCAAUAACUUGCCGGCUCAAGAUGAUCAGCCAAUAGUUUUCGUGAACAUUGAAAAGCUAUGCGAUGCGCCAGUAAGAGAGCUAAGGAAACUAGGUAUAACACAAUUAUACACUAGGUGGAGGUUGGGCGAUGAAGUGCAUGAUUGUUUACCACAAACAAUAAAGUCCAGGAAUGUUUAUUUUAACGAUCAUCACGUGUUACCUCUAGCAAAUGAUAAUGCUUCUGCAAUUUGUGCUUCAUUUUUAGAUACUCCAUAUGAAAUUGAGCUCAGAGGAAUCAGAGUACUACCAUCAGCCGGAUCAAAACCGAAGUUCUUCGGUUAUGAGAAGAAAGAUCGUGACUUUGGAAUGACUAUGCCACCCAAAUUAAAUGUAAAUACGGACAUCGAUAUGUUAAUAGCAGUUGUUAAAAUUGAUUCGAAGAUAUUGGCUAAAGGAACCAAUGGAUUUAUCAGCGGAGAGUAUCCUAUAUUUCCACCCAGAACUGGUGUUGUCCCUUUGAGUCGCGAAGGUGUUUGCACUAAUGAUAUUAAUUAUAUAAGAGCCCCUGUCAGACCACAAUUGGUCGUGCCUCCAAGUGUUAUACUAGAAGCUCAAAUGACUUUAGAAGUAUCAAUUGGGUUAGUCGGUUGCAAGCCGCCGAGAUUAACUCCAUGUUUCUCAAGAUUAUACAGUCUUAUAUCUGUUUCUAACGCCAUUAUAGCAGUAUUGAAACAAAUUGCUGAAAUAAACGAACAUAUCUUGUUAGACGGCAAAAGAGAAGAUUUAUUAACGGGUUUUGCACUAGAUUCCGGCGAUGUUGUUGUGUUAUUUUUGGAAGGACCUAAAGAUGGUAAAAUUUUGCAAGUAUGGGACAUGAUGGCAGACUUUUAUCCAAAAGUGAAGCCCAUCUUUUCUAGUUCCGCGAGAUAUCCUACAAGAAUAUAUCCCGAAUUGUUGCUGGCUGCUAUGAUGCCGUUUAAUGUUUUGAAAAUGUACGUGCCUUUAGCAGCGCUGUUGGCUUGUCCGCCGGUGUAUGCUCGUCCUGCAUUACCUUUGCCCACUAGAUCGGCAGUUUUGAAAGUCGGCCGGCUCAUAACCAACAAAUUGAACACGGCACCGACCCGAGAGGAGCUGCCAACUGCCGCGGAGCUCAAAAGUUUCAGGUUGGAAUUAUGCGUGGCUCCGCGGCCCACGCCUGUGACCAUCACGGACAAUCCUACUACUAAAAUUGAACAACAAUGGACCUCAUUGCAGAGCGCUACACGUAUAAACUGGGACAAAUAAUAUUACUUUUGAUAUAAAAUGUUUUGAAUAAAGACGAAGUACGUAAAAAUUCUUAAUAAAUAAUAUUUUCG